AUGGCCGAGCCAACAAACACGCCGAUGCUCCCGAGCACUCCGGUGCCAGGCGGCACUCCUCGAUCCGGCUCGCCAUCACCUGCGAUUCCCAGCCUGACCCCAGACGGGUCCACAGUGACCCUCCCAGUCCGAUCGCGGCGGCCGGCACCGGCAGAGGGGCGGCCCGUGGUGCUCCACAUCGGCGACCCCGUCAAGUACAACCCGGAGACGUACGCGGCGUUCAGCGCCGCGUUCGAGGUCGUCCGCCCCGCCGCGGCGGAGCGCGAGAGGGGCGAGUUCGCGCGCGCGCUGCGCGAGCGCCGGUGGGGGGACUUCCACGCCAUCUUCCGGCCCUUCUGGGGCACCGGCGGCGAGAUGGGCCGCUGGGACGCAGAGCUGAUCGACCUGCUGCCGGGGUCGGUCCGGGUGUUUGCCAGCGCCGGCGCGGGGUUCGAUUGGGCGGAUACGGAGCUCCUGGGGGAGAAGGGCAUUCUAUACUGCAACUCCGGUCUCGCGGCUGCCGAGGCCGUGGCCGACUUCGCCGUGGCCAUGAUCAUCUCCACCUUCCGCCACCUGCCCUGGUGCAUGGGCGCCGCCACCGUGCCACCGAACCCGACCUCCUCGUCUUCGAACGACGCCGACGACGCCGACGCACAGGCGCAACAGCACCGCAUCUUCCAAGCCUGCCACGCCCAGGCGACGGCCGCGUCGCACAACCUCCGCGGCCACAGCCUCGGCCUCGUGGGCCUGGGCAACAUCGGCAUCCACAUCGCCGCCAAGCUCGGCUGCCCGGCCUUCGGCAUGCGCGUCCGCUACUUCGACGUCGCCGGCCGCCGCCCCGCCGCCGUCGAGGCCGAGCUGCGAGCCACCUUCCACGACUCGUUGGAGUCGCUCCUCGGAGCCAGCGACUGCGUCGUCCUCUGCACGCCCGCCCUGCCCGGCGGGGAGGCCCUCGUCACCGCGGAGGUGCUGGCCAUGUUUCGCCCGGGAGCUAGGUUCGUCAAUGUGGCGAGGGGGUCGCUUGUCGACGAGGAGGCCCUGGCGGAUGCGCUCGAGUCUGGGAGGAUUGCUGCUGCAGCGCUGGAUGUGCAUGCGCGCGAGCCGAGGGUUAACCCGAGGCUGGUGCGGUUGGCCGGGCUCGGGGCCGGGACGGCGCCGGGGAGGGUCAUGCUUACGUGCCAUAAUGCUGGGGGGACGGUGGAGACGCAUGUUGGGUUUGAGGAGCUGAGUAUGCGGAAUAUUAUGGCUGUGUUGGAGGGUGGGGAGGCGAUCACGCCGGUGAAUGCGCAUUUGGUGAAGAGGAAGGGGUAAAAGGGGUUGGUCGUCCCGGUUCUUUUUCUUUUGGGGGUUUAGACUGCCUAGAUCUUACACAUAUAUAGCAGGUACCGUGGGAAGCGUGGCUUGGGGCCUAGCGGGUGCUAGCCCUGGAGAUAGAGGUGGAAGAGUUAGACGGCUCCUGUUCCCACUAACAGUCACGGUUGUCCUAUACCUAUAUUUCGCCAUGAAUC